AUGGUCACCAUCGGCAACGCCCAUGAUGACUUGAUCCACGACGCAGUCCUGGACUACUACGGGAAGCGUCUUGCGACAUGCUCGUCCGACAAGUCCAUCAAGAUCUUUGAGGUUUCAGACGAGGGUCAUAAGCUUCUCGAGACGCUCAGAGGACACGACGGUCCGGUUUGGCAGGUCAGUUGGGCACACCCUAAGUUUGGUGUUAUCUUAGCAUCUGCGUCCUAUGACGGUAAGGUGCUCAUCUGGAAGGAGGACCAAGGGAGAUGGUCAAUAAUCUCAGAGCAUGCGGUGCACCAUGCGAGCGUGAAUAGUGUGUCCUGGGCUCCUCAUGAAUACGGCGCUCUGCUGCUCGUCACGUCCUCUGAUGGUAGGAUCUCCAUUGUUGAGUACAAGGAGGACGGUACUACAGCAUCCACCGUUGUUGACAAUGCACACGCCAUUGGCGUGAACUCUGCCACCUGGGCGCCACCUGUCGCUGCGUCAUCUGCCGUUGAUACCACUGACAAGCAACAACACGAACGUAGGUUUGUCUCUGGUGGUUGCGAUAACCUGGUCAAGAUCUGGAAGUACUCUCCAGAGACAAAGAGCUACCUGUUGGAACACACCUUGGAAGGACACUCCGACUGGGUUAGAGACGUUGCAUGGUCACCAUCGGUGCUUGUCCGCUCUUACAUUGCUUCUGCUUCACAAGACCGCACUGUGAUCAUUUGGACACAGGAUCAACCAGGUGCCGUCUGGAAGAAACAACUCCUCACGGAGGAGAAGUUCCCAGACGUUGUCUGGAGAGCAAGCUGGAGUUUGUCUGGAAAUAUUCUGGCAAUCUCUGGUGGUGAUAACAGAGUGACACUGUGGAGAGAAAACGUUGAUGGGAAGUGGGAGAGUGCUGGUCAAAUUGACGAAUAA